AUGAUUAACCUAAAUUGUAUUUAUAUCUGCCUACUAAAUGCAUCUUUUCUUUUUGUGCUUCUCUUUAGUUGUCUUCACCUUGAAGAUACCAUUAAAAUUAAACUAGAUAAAAUAAAUAAAAUGUAUGAAGUAAACAAAAUAAACGAAAUGAAUGAAGUAAACAAAAUAAACGAAAUGAAUGAAGUAAACAAAAUAAACGAAAUGAAUGAAGUAAACAAAAUGAAUGAAAUGAAUGCUUGCCUGUUUCUAAAAGUUUGCUGCGCUGAUUUUUGUUCCUUUUUAGAAUAUGACAUAACCAAAAAGACGUAUCUAAUAAUUAGAGAAAACAUACUUUUAUAUAACUGUAAAAACAUUGUAAAAUUAUACUUUUCUAGUGACAAUGCUUUUUUUUAUUUCACAAAUUUUAUUUUUAUGGAAAAUGAUAUAGUUGAAAUUGUUGAUUCAUUCGAAAAGGAAAAAAGAAAUUUUACUUUUUGGAAACCACUUUUUGAAUUCUUACAAGUAGACAAUGGGAAGAAGUACAUUUUCAUUCCUCUAGCAUAUUUUGAAAUUAAAAACUGUAACAACAAACUUAUGAAAAGGAAUGAGAGUUUAGACAAAAAAAUUAAUAAUACUUAUGAUACUCAUAAAGUUGGUUUUACUCAAUUGGAAAAGAAAAAGGAAGUGAUUCACACGACAGAACAACAGAAAAAAGAAGACAUGGUCAUUCUUAAUGCUCCUCUCACAUCAAACAGUCCUAAUGAGGAAAAAGGAAAAUUUAUAAAUUCGCUUCUUAACAGAGGUAAAUAUUUGCCUAAAAUUAACUUCAGCAAAAGUAGUUAUUACCAUAUAGAUACGUUAAUACAAAUAUUUACGGAUUUAAUUUUAGAUAUAAAAAAAGAAAAAGUGAACAUUUCUAUUAAUCCAAUAUGUUUACCAAAAAAUAAUUAUGCGUCAUUUAAUAGUGUACUAAAUUAUAUAGACAAUACUUCGAACGGUUGUACGAAACAAACCUAUAGCACAUUUCAUAAAAUAUAUUAUAAGAAUUAUUUCUUUAAAAUUAUUCUCAUUAGUAAUCCUAUCCUUUCAUUUUUAUUCGAAGAUAUGAUAAUUUGGAAUUCAGACAAAAAAAAAGACACUGAUACAAGUUUAUAUAUCUGUCAUGAAAAAAAUGUAUAUAAAUGUAUACCCCCUAAAAAUUAUAAAGCAAUAUUAGAAAAAGCCGCUAUCAUUUUUCUUAUCAUCAUCUUGAUAUUACUAACUUAUAUAUUAUUAAGAAAUAAAAAAUUGAAAAUAAAAGAAGAACAAAAAAAAAAAAAAAAAAAACGCACAUAA